UUCCGUUCCACUCCGGCACAGCAUCACCGCCCCACUUCACAGUUCACACCCCCUCACAUGCUCAUGGCGCCUCCGCCCUUGCUCUCGCUCUCCGCGCUCCUCCUCAUCCUGCUCGCCGCCUCCGCCUCCAAUGCCGCCGCCAAGCCCGUGCAGACCCAGUCCUUCCUCGCCACGCCACUCUCGCCCGAACGUACUUCCGCCCCGUCGGAACUAGCCCGCGACGACGACAAGGACCUCUUCGCCGGCAACCUCGCUACUGCCGAGGACGCCGCCGCUUCGACGGUCCGUUUCAGCGUGGUCCACCGGGACGACUUCGCGGUGGACGCCACCGCGGCCGAGCUGCUCGCGCACCGCCUGGAGCGGGACGGGAAGAGAGCGUCCGGGAUCUCGGCUGCCGCGGGCGCGGCCAACACGACCCGCGGUGGCAGCGGCACCGGCGGCGUCUCGGCCCCGGUGGUGUCCGGCCUGGCGCAGGGGAGCGGGGAGUACUUCACCAAGAUCGGGGUGGGCACGCCCGCGACGCCCGCGCUCAUGGUGCUCGACACCGGCAGCGACGUGGUGUGGCUGCAGUGCGCGCCGUGCAGGCGCUGCUACGACCAGUCCGGCCCCGUGUUCGAACCGCGCCGCUCCAAGUCCUACGGCGCGCUCGACUGCGCCGCGCCGCUCUGCCGCAGCCUCGACUCCGGCGGCUGCGACCUGCGCCGCAGGGCCUGCAUCUACCAGGUGGCCUACGGCGACGGCUCCGUCACCGCGGGGGACUUCGCCACCGAGACGCUCACCUUCGCCGGCGGCGCCCGCGUCGCGCGCGUCGCCGUGGGGUGCGGCCACGACAACGAGGGACUCUUCGUGGCGGCGGCGGGGCUCCUGGGGCUCGGCCGCGGCAGCCUCUCCUUCCCGGCCCAGAUCUCACGCCGCUACGGCCGCAGCUUCUCCUACUGCCUCGUGGACCGCACCUCCUCGGCCACCCCGGCCUCCUCCCGGUCCUCCACCGUCACCUUCGGCUCCGCCGCGCUCGCCUCCACCGUCGCCUCGUCAUUCACCCCGAUGGUCAAGAACCCGCGGAUGGAGACCUUCUACUACGUGCAGCUCGCCGGCAUCAGCGUGGGCGGCGCGCGCGUACCCGGCGUCGCCAACUCCGACCUCCGCCUCGACCCGUCCUCCGGCCGCGGCGGCGUCAUCGUGGACUCCGGCACCUCCGUCACCCGCCUCGCCCGCCCGGCCUACUCCGCGCUGCGCGACGCGUUCCGGGCCGCCGCCGCGGGCCUCCGCCUCUCCCCCGGCGGCUUCUCGCUCUUCGACACCUGCUACGACCUCAGCGGCCGCAAGGUGGUCAAGGUGCCCACCGUGUCCAUGCACUUCGCGGGGGGCGCGGAGGCGUCGCUGCCACCGGAGAACUACCUCAUCCCGGUGGACUCCAAGGGCACCUUCUGCUUCGCCUUCGCCGGCACGGACGGCGGCGUCUCCAUCAUCGGCAACAUCCAGCAGCAGGGCUUCCGGGUCGUCUUCGACGGCGACGGCCAGCGCGUUGCCUUCGUGCCCAAGGGCUGUUGAUUGAUUAUUACUGGUAGCAGUACGUGUGUAACAACAGAGCGAGCUGGAUUAGCGGAUGAAUGUGCGGCUUUGUCAGUCAUAAUUUAAUUAGCUGAGGGUGAGCUUUGGAUGCUGUAGAGCCCUGGCGGUGCGCAGAGCUGUCGGGCGUGCUUUCAGAGGAAACGAGGAUAAGACGGUUUGUUUGUUCAAGACUGUAAAAGUGAUGGUUAAAAAACAGACAAUCUCAUUCGCUGUU